AACACACCUAAAGUUAGCUCUCUAUCUCUAUCACAACAGCAGCAUGUUAAGAGCUAGUUAGAGGGAGAAAUUAAAGUGAAAGAGUAAACUUGAAGAAAAGGUGAAAAAUAUAGUGACAAGGAAGAAUAUUUAGUAGUAAGAAGAAUGCUUUAAUUCAAGGUGAAGCCUUCUUCAAUUCGAUCGAUCUUCCCAACCCAAACUUCUAUUUUUAUACUUAUAUAUAUUUGGUUACCAAACAGUCCACUAUCAAAUUGAUCAAUUUCCUAUAAAUCCCAUUUUUCUCCUCCAUGCAUACCAUUGCUUCUUCUCCUAUCCUCAGUAGGAAGAGAAGGUGGAGAGUCUACAAUAAUCAUCAAGUUGAAGCCCAUUGGAAUAUGUUACAUGUCCAUUACCUUCUUCAUAUCAAUAAUCCCCUGAUCAGCACACUUUUAAAAUAUGCUGAUGAUCAUGCAAGGAGCUCAAUUGUGCCUCGUAAUUUUGAUUUUGGUUAAUCUCUUGGAAGUUCUUCAUGCCAAUUACAUCACCUCAUCAUCAUCUUCUAUGCAAUUGACAAAUAGAAAUUCAACAAUCGACCAAAAAGUAUACGAAAGUUCAGAGGAUAUACAAGGACCAUCACCAAGGGUGCAACUUCUUUAUCAAGAUAACUACAUAGUGUUGGACAACGGCAUAAUACAAGUGACGGUAUUGAAUCCAGAGGGAAGUGUCAUCAAAAUUCAUUACAAUGGCAUCGCUAAUUUGCUCGAGCAGCUCAACGAUGAAUCCGACAGAGGGUAUUGGGAUGUUGUCUGGAAAGGAGAAGGAGUUACAAGAAAAAAGGGAAACCUGGAUAGGCUUCCAUGUACAGAUUUUAAGGUCAUAGUAGAGACAGAUGAGCAAGUAGAGGUCUCCUUUACAAGAACAUGGAACUCAUCCUUCUAUGGCAAACUUCCCCCUUUGAACAUUGACAAAAGGUUUGUUAUGCUUCGAGGUUCCUCUGGUUUCUACGCUUAUGCUAUCUAUGAACGCCCAAAAGAUUUUCCGGGUUUUACUCUAGCAAAUACUCGGCUUGCAUUCAAGCUCAACAAACUAUGGUUUAACUACAUGGCUAUGGCAGAUGACCGGCAAAGACAAUUGCCUCUCCCGGAUGAUCGUUCACCUGAGAGAAGCGAAGUUUUAGCUUACCCUGAAGCUGUUUUACUCACCAACCCAAUUGAGCCAGAGUUUAAAGGAGAGGUCGAUGACAAAUACCAAUACUCUGGUGAAGCCAAAGACAUCCAAGUACAUGGGUGGAUAUGCAGCAAACCCGCCACUGGACUUUGGCAAAUCAUUCCUAACAACGAGUUUCGAUCUGCCGGACCUACCAAACAAUAUCUUACAUCACAUGUUGGCCCGACUUCCCUCUCUGUACUCCUGAGUACUCACUACUCAGGUGAAGAACUUAUGGCAACGUUUGAAGAUGGAGAGCCGUGGAAAAAAGUUUUAGGACCUCUUUUUGUGUAUGCUAAUUCUAUGACAAGUGAGGGUGACUCGCGCCAAUUAUGGGAGGAUGCAAAAGAACAGUUGAGUGUUGAAGCAAAACGUUGGCCUUACAGCUUUGCAGUAUCGGAUGAUUUCCCAUCAUCUGACCAGCGAGGCAGUGUUAACGGUAGCUUACUCGUCUAUGACAGGUAUCUGAAAACAAAUACAUCAGCACGCAAAGCGUAUGUUGGGCUUGCAGCUCCAGGAGAAGUUGGAUCUUGGCAAAGAGAAAGCAAGGGAUAUCAAUUCUGGACUAGAACAGAUGACGGGGGUCAUUUCACCAUUGAAAAUAUACGACCUGGGAACUAUAAUCUCUAUGCUUUGAUCCCCGGCUUCAUUGGAGAUUACAGAUACAAUGACACACUUAAUAUAUCAGCAGCAGGUAGUUCUAUGGAUAUGGGUGACCUUGUGUACGAUCAUCCAAGAGACGGACCUAUAUUGUGGGAGAUAGGCAUUCCAGACCGUUCUGCUGGAGAAUUCUUCGUUCCUGAUCCUGAUCCAAAGCUUGUCAAUCCGCUCUAUCUUACGCGUGACAAGUAUCGGCAGUAUGGUUUAUGGGAAAGGUAUACUGAUUUGUACCCUGACGAAGAUUUGGUUUAUACUGUAAAUGUGAGCGACUAUCAGAAAGAUUGGUUCUUUGCUCAAGUUACUAGGAAUGUAAACAACACGUAUCAAGGAACGACAUGGCAGAUCAAAUUCCAACUCGACAAACUCGACCCCUCGGGAACCUAUUACUUGAGAAUAGCACUAGCAUCAGCAACUAGUUCAGAAUUACAGGUAAGGAUUAAUGAUCGACAUGAAAAACCUCCAUUAUUUACGAGUGGACUAAUAGGGUACGACAAUACGAUUGCUAGGCAUGGCAUCCAUGGGUUGUAUUGGCUUUACAAUGUGAGCAUACCCGGUGACAAAUUUUUGUUGGGUAAUAAUACCAUUUUCUUGACACAAGCUUGGGGUCUUAGCCCAUGGAGAGGCAUUUUGUAUGACUACAUUCGUCUUGAAGCUCCCGUUGAUGAUGUCGUCUAAUUCUUUACUAAUUAGUUUUAAUUCAUUGUUAAUCCAUGUAUAUAUUACACUUUAUACACAAUUUUGUGGGAAAUAGAUCAUUGUAUUAGCUCUAUUGUGUUAAAGGGAAAAAGAGGGAUAUAUAGGACAAAUAAUUACUUUAGUUUUCAAUUUUUUGGUUAUUUGUUAGCAAAUUAAGGAAUCCCUAUUAUUGAUGUUUGUAGGAGGAAGAGGAGAAUCUAUGAUACUUAAAUAGAGUAUACUUUUAAAUUACAAAGUAUCUUUAAUUUGA